CAGACACACAGACAGGUUUUGUGGCUCAAAAUACAUUUCGACCUGUGUUUUCUGGGAUUUCUUCUCUACUACAACAUGGGUUUAAACUCUAUUCAAGACUCCAGCUCUCCAGUUGUUAGGGACUUGAGGAUUGUCCUGCUGGGGAAGACUGGGUCAGGAAAGAGUGCAACAGGGAACACCAUCCUGGGACAGGAGGCUUUUUUCACAGAGGAAAUCUCUAUGUCCUCUGUGACAACUCAAUGUCAAAAAGAGACCAGCCACUUUGAUGAAAGAAGCGUGAGUGUCAUCGACACCCCUGGGAUAUUCGACACAUCGAUGACUGAGCCCCAGUUGAAAAGUGAAAUAGAGAAUUGUAUCAUGCUGUCUCUCCCAGGACCUCAUAUAUUCCUGCUAGUGAUCAGACUGGAUGUGCGGUUCACAGAGGAGGACAGGAACGCCGUUAAGUGGAUCAGAGAAAACUUUGGUGAGGAAGCCUCCAACUAUACACUGGUGCUUUUCACUAGGGGGGACCAAGUCAAAGGAAAGCAAAUUGAAACAAUUUUAGACGCAACUCCUGGACUCAAGGAGGUCGUCAGUGACUGUAAAGCUGGAUACAUUAUGUUUGACAACACAAGAAUGGAAAAUCGCACUCAGGUAGCUGAUCUGUUUGGAAAGAUAGUGCAGAUAAAUGGGAACCAUUACACUAGCAGCAUAUAUGAAGAGGUCCAGAGACAGAUAGAUAAUAAUGAAUGGUGGAGAAAGCGGGCAGAAAAUAUGGAGAAUGUAGGUCAUGUUUUGUUUGCAGUUGCUGCAACUGCAGCGACUGCAGCUAUCCCACCUGUAGCAGGAGUUGCCAUACUUGCAGGGGAAGCAGCAGUUAUGGCCAGAGUAGGAUCAGCUGUCAUGGCUUCAGGUGCAAUGAUUUCUAAAGCUCUGGGGAAGUGGAUGAAACCUAAAACAAGAGACACCUAAGUCAUGUCAAGCCAUGACCUUUUAAGCAAACCAUUGAAGUCAUUCCAUUUAUUACCUUUUCAUACUGUACAUAUAUGCAAAUUCAUUACUUCUUUUGGGCAAGAUUUUAUUGUAUUUCUUGUUAGCAUCACUCUACAUUCAUACAUGUUGAUCACAGCUUGCCUGCUUUAAAUGAUAAAUAAACCUGUAAUGACAAUUUACUAAAUGUUGAUGCUAUACAUUAAUAUCCUUAUCCUCUCUAGUGUGGAGAACACUAAAGUCAGUCAACAAAAUA